CACUUCAAACUCUCGUUCUUGACCUCUAAAAUGCUGCAAAAUGGCAGGUAAUAGUUUGCAUGGCCGAAAGGUGGACCUAGGCUUUUACCUUCAUCGUGUGUUCCGAAAGAAGUCGUUCCGCCCCCUUCAGCGGGAGGUGAUUACGGCGGCUAUCGAGGGCCAUGAUGUCUUUUUACAGGCUUCCACCUCAUUCGGAAAGAGCUUGUGCUUUCAGUUGCCCGCAGUAAUGAGCCAUGGGGUGACGAUUGUUGUGUGUCCUCUUCUUUCUUUAAUGACCGACCAAGUGAACACACUGCAAGCUUUAGGAGUAGCAGUAGCUACUAUCAAUUCGACAACUACACUCGCAGAACGACGAGAAAUCAUGCAAGAUCUUUUGUCCGGGCAUCCUCGAACCCGGCUACUUUAUGUAACACCUGAACUAUGCCAGACAGAGACAUUCCGACGCAACCUCCGGACCAUCCACGCACAGCGCGAAUUAAUCCGCAUCGCCAUCGACGAAGCCCACUGCAUCAGCGAAUGGGGCCAUGAUUUCCGGCCCGCAUACAAGAACCUCUCCUGGUUUCGCACUGCCCUAACCAACCCACCAGUUCCCAUCAGUGCUCUCACAGCAACAGCCACACCUCAAGUUCGAACAGACAUCAUCAACAUCCUAGGGCUAGAUCCAGGCCACAUGAAGAUCUUCAACACGCCCUCUGCGCGCCCUAACAUUCACUAUGAAAUCCGGUUCAUGAAAGACUUCGCCCCGGACCCCACAGAACCGGAAGCAUUCCAGAUCAACGACCUCGUCAGCUGGCUGCACUCCGUGCAAGCCCGAAGACAAGCCCGCCUCGGCACCGAAACAGCAUCCAAACUCCCACCCAUAUCCGGGAUCGUCUAUGUCGCAACCCGACUAGCAUCCGAGAAGCUCGCCGAGGCCCUCACCAAAUGGGACAAUCGGAUCCGCGCUGUCGCAUACCACGCGGGUCUCGCCGCCGCAGACCGGACCCGAGUCCAGAACGAAUGGAUCGCACCCCAGAAGCAGCAACAGCAGCAGCAACAACAACAGCGGCACAUACAAAAAGUAACAAAAAACGGCAAUGAACAUCUUCCAUCUCCACCUCCACCUUCAACUACUACCUUCUACAUCAUCGUCGCAACUAACGCUUUCGGCAUGGGCAUCGAUAACCCCGAAGUCCGCUUCGUAGUGCACUGGAGCCCCCCACGCACCUUUGAAGGCUUUGUUCAGGAGUCCGGACGCGCAGGACGCGACGGCCGCGCCGCAGCCUCAAUGGUCUACUAUAACCCCAUGGAACGCGAGCGGAUCCUCGACCGACUACGCCGGGACAUCGAGAACGUAAAUAACCGUACAGGCGGACGAACAGCGGGCCUGGAGAAGCGCGACAAAGUCUCUCUGUUGCAGAACUUGCAUGCCCGGAAACAGAGCUUCGAGAAGGUGGUCCAGUACUGCGAAACGACGUCGCGGUGCAGACACGAUAUGAUCAAGGAGUUCUUUGGGGAUUUGGAGCUGGAGCGAAUGGGAUCACAGGUUCCAAGGGAGGAGCGGGACAUGAUGAUGCAAAGGAGGAGGAUGGGCACGAAACAUUCUGAUGGUCAGCGUCCUGCGCCUGGCGGUACAUCGACGACAGUAUCAUCAUCAUCAUCAUCAUCAUCAUCAUCGUCAUCGUCAUCGUCAUCGUCUCCUUGUGACUAUGCCUGUGAUUUCUGUAAAGAGGGUCCUGGUGGGUUGGCGGCCCGGAAGGCGAAAAUGGCGCCGGAGAGUGAAAUGGAGAACUUUUUUGCGGUUGGGGGAUCAUGGGCUUGUACGGGUGCGACGCUUGUCCUGGAGCAUCUUUCCCCCGGAUUGCAAGGUCGGAGGUACUGACGUUUGGUUGCUGUUCAAUUCUCACUGUCUAUAUUAUGAAGGAGCGGAUGAGGAGUUUGGGGACUGUCAUAUAUCAAUCAUAUCAUGUAUAAUAAAUGGGAUCAAAAGCUGCAUGCACUACGUGGACUGGGUCAAACUAAAAGUGUAGUCGAAGAAAAAAAAAAAAAAAUUUAAUGAG